AUGUCAGGGAAGAAAUUGCGCAGCAAAAACCAGAUCUUCCGGCGUCAAAAAGUCCACGAUGCACGGUCUAUCCGUGCCGAGGCCAUCGAAGCAGCAGAUCAGGCCUCUGGCGAGCUGUCUGAGACCGGUGGCGUUCUUAAAGUCAACGAAUUCUUGGCGUCUCGCGAAUUUGAGGUCCGGCAGUUGCAAUCAGCGAUGCACAAGUCUAAGAACGCGGCUUCAACCAGAGUUUUCCAGCGAUUGCCUCGCAAGCUUCGUCGUCGUACUGCUUCCCACAAUGUACGUCGGAUCCCCAAAAGAAUGCGGAAUCGAGCUUUACGUGAAAUGAAGAAAUCAGAUCAGUCAUUGGUGCUAGGUAAACUUACGAAAACCAGCGGCAAAACGAAACAUGCGUUGUCGGCCAAGCAACUUUACAAAGCGCGCAUGGCGGUGAAGCUUCUGCGAUUGGCUGCCAAAUCCAAAUCCAUGAAAUUGGCUCUUCCUUCAGAAGCCACCGCUUCUCAUUAUAAGCUCAGAUCGCGCAUAAGAGCGCUCCAGAAAUUAGUCAAAGCUCACACAAACAAGCAAUCUCUUCCACAACGCAACAAUGCGAUGGGAAGCUACGAUAGCACUGCGGUAAAUGCCUUGGCCACAGCGCCAGUUUCGCGUAUAAAAUAUGCCAAAAGGCAACGUCAAUUCGUCUGGCUUCCAACACAUGUUUGGAGCGCCAAAAGGUGCCACAUGUAUAAGCGAUGGGGCUAUCACAUGCCCUGGUCUCCGACCCAGAAAUGUUUCCGUCUGACACACAAGCUCGGAAAUAAUGUUGCUGCGUCUGACGGUGCUAUGUGCUGCGAUACCAGUUUCGUAGGAACUAUGGUGAUUUCGUCUGAAGAUGCUGCUCAGUUAAAGGAACUCAUGUCGAAACUUACAAAGGGACGUGCUUGUUUAAAAAAAUAUUACAGGAGUCAGUAUUGGUUCGAGGGUCUGUGUCUUGAUGACGCUAACUCAUAUCUGGGCCCCGUGUCUAUCUUAUGGAUAACUACCGGAAAAGUACUUUUGAGAGCUCAUCCUGCCAUUUAUGAAUCAGUGUUCACCACAGCGCUACGUCUUAAGUCGGAAAACGUAAUGGUAGAGGAUUGUCGGUUUUCUAUAGGAAGCAUAACGUUGACCGGGAGUAAAAGCUUAAAUGCGCUCUCACAGAUCAUUCGAGCUAGCAAGGACUCUGCUUCAUUUAAGCAAUUCAAACAGGUUUCUUCGCUAACAGACAUAACUGCACUACCACAAAGAACUUCUUUUGCAUUCCAAGCAAUUGACCCAAGACACUUGUCACGCCCCAAAAAGUUGGGAACAACACAGAAACUUGACGAAAACUUUUUGUUUGCAAUGCAGGCGUCCUAUCCUGAAGAAGAAGUUGCGAAUGUCAUGUCGGCUUUAUGCAGUUCAACCCGUCGAGAAGCUUCUUAUAAAAACCAACAAACACUUAAGCAGCUUUCAUCAAGAAGAAGAAAGCUUCUGGCCUCCUCUAAUUCAAAUCUAAUCCCUUUUGAUGCAGCAACCGAUCCCCAAAUACCUAUUGCAAUCUUCAAACAACGUUUUUCUGAAAAUUGGGUUCUGCUUUUGCCUUGGUUUUGGCUAUUGCCGUUUUGGUAUCAGCUUAACAGAGUUUCCCGCGUACACCCGAUGGGAUCUCGACAACUACAACAGCUUUCGUUUGAGCAAGGCACUUUGCACUUUCCUGAUGACUAUAUUUUUACAAGGGCGGGUUUCGACGAGAACAUGCUUUACAAGCGUCUUUCCCAGAAAGCGCUUUGGGACAGAAAACCACCGAGUAAAAGGAUCAAUUAUUUCAGCAUUCCAAAUCUUCAUAAAUCUCAGCCUGUUUCAAUGUUAGGUGAGAUCGGCGAUCCGUUUUGCUCGGACUGGAGGUUCUUACAAAUUUUGCGCAAUGGAGUACGAUAUCUACGCAAGGAAAAGCGGUCUGAAUUUACGAUGUUGGACCCCGAGCGGACAACGCAGUUUGACGAUCUAAACAUACGAAAGCUCGAGUAUGUUAAUGACGUCGUUGAAUUGUAUUUUGAUGUCAAGGAUAAAUCCCCACAAGCGUUGCCAUUGAAUGUUAUAGACUGUGUUGUGACACGCUACGAGCCCAAGGAGAUGAUUCUUGAUUCAUCUCCGCAGUAUAAAGUUGUCACUCAACCGGUUUCGGUGGUGUGUUGCCGGUUAGAGCUCCUUGAAAGAGGACAUCCGAAGGACAACGCAAGAAUAUACUCUAUACCCGAAGAGGACUUAGCCUUUUGGCACGAUAUCGGCACGGGAACUUUCCGAUCAAAUGGGAAAAGAGAUCAUAACGCCCCUCGACCACUUCCUCAUGUCUCGAAUCUCAUUGGUUUUGUCACCAGCGGUACAUAUCACCUAGGAAAAGGGAAGGGAGUUUGCACUGGAUUUAUCGAUGCUGACGAAGCCGUCGCCAAUGUACAAUCGCUAGUUCUAGUUCGUAAUGUGGGAACAGACGUGUACCGCUUGGCUCGCUGGAACCAGAUCUUGGUAUGA